AUGGCACAACCAUCUUUUAAUUUCACACCUUCAGGAGGAGGUUUUGGUCUUGGAAAUACAACUAGUGCCAGUGGCAGCUUAUUCCCUGGUUUUGGAACUUCUCAACCAACAGCAACUACUACACAAGGCUUUUCUUUUGGCGGCUUAGGAGCUGGCACUAGCUUAUCACAAGCAGGAAACACAUCUACAGGGACUACCACUUUGAAGACACCAUUUAACUGGACAGCAACAACAGGAACACCAGCUACUACGCAACCAUCGUUUCCGAGUUUUGGCAGCAUAAAUACACAAGUGCCUUCAACGGCAGCGGGUUCAGGAACUAAUGCCGGCCAAAUUGACAUUAGGAACAUCACAAAAGCAACUAGAUUUUCUGAUUUACCGCCGGAAAGUCAAAAGUUUCUUGCAAAUUUGGAUAAUCACAUACAACAACAGAAACGACUGAUGUCGUCUAUUGGUUCUAUGAUUUUGCCAAGUGUCAAACAGCAAAUACAAGAUGUUUUUAACGAAUCACGAAUAUUAUUUCAGAAAUUGGCCCAAUUGACUAAUGACUUGCAAAACGAUCAUCGCCUCGUAAACGAUUUGUUAUCAGAAAUUGAUGUUCAAAUAGGACUUGUGGACAAUGCUCGUCGAUUUUACGACGCUGCAUCACAAGGACUAAGCAGCGCAAUUGUGCAAAUUGGUGACAAUGUUUUUUCCAAAUUUUAUUAUGACCUUAUAGUAUCAUUCGAGAAUCGACUGCAACAAUAUGAUUCAUACAUCGAGGAAUUGGAACGUCAUUUUACCUGGUUGUAUCAAAAUGCUGAGGGUAGAGGCAAUGAACAAGAUCUUAUAGCACUCACGGAAACUAUGCGUAAUCAACACGGUAGUUUUAUGGCAAUUACUGGAAAAGUUGCAUUGCUACAUGAAGGUAUAGAAAAAUUACGUCAAAAAUAUCUUAAUUAUCGACGUAAUGUUCUACAAGACAAUGUCAACCCAUUUGAUAGACAAGAUUCACGACUAAAAGAUGCCACACCUGUUUUAUCCCUCACUGAAACCAUGUCGCCGAGGGAGUUGGCACAAACAAUCUCGAGAAUACCAACAGCCAGUCAAACACAGCAAACCAAUACAUUCCAACAACCAAGUUUAUUCUCUUCAUUUAAGCG